AUGUCGCUGGCCGGCACAGCUUCACUCAGGGCUUUCUUGACCGGCCGCCUUUUGGACAUUGCGCUGGAGUUCGCGCGGAACGGAAGUGAUCCUUCAGGUGCCUUUGCCGCCUUGGCGCCUAUUGCAGGCCUUUAUUUCGCAUGUGCCCUCUACGGCUACAUGGCCAAUGUCGUGCAGGGCAUCCUUUUCGCUCUGGCCAGGUGGAAGAUGUCCAUGUCCAUGCGUCAGAAGCUCUUCAAGGCUCUGAUUCGACAAGAAGUCGGAUUCUUUGAGCAGAACUCCAGCGGAGCCUUGGUUUCAAGGUUGACAAAUGAUACUGAUCAACUCCAGAACGUGCUAAACCGCGCACCAGAGACUUUGGUCACCAACGUUAUGCGCCUGGUGGUCUCUCUUGUGCUGAUGGCACAGCAGCACGUCCUGCUAACUUUGGUGAGUGUGGCACCCUUGCCAUUGGCAUUUCUCUUGGUCAAGAAAACUGGGAAAGUGGUCGGCCGCUACGGCGUCUUGCAGAAUGAUUCCCUAGCUCGCGUCAAUGCUGUUGCUUCCGAGGCGAUCGCCAAUGUCCGAGCUGUGCAGAUUGCUGGUGCAGAGAAGACAGAGGUAGAGGAGUAUUGCCAGGCCACCAACAAGUACUUGAAGGUCAUAGAGCAGACUCUCUUCAAGGAGACUGCGCUUCGUUUUGUGUCGACUCUACUGAAUGAUGCCCUCUCUGACGUGCCAUUGCUAUGUCUCUCCUGCUGGUUCAUCGCAUGUGGACAACUGACCAUGGGCCAGUUCUACACAUACAGGACCUUGCUUUGGAGCUACCGGCGUGGAUUUCGGGAGUUGGCUGAACUUUUCACUGGGGUAUCUCGGGCACAGGCGGUGUCUCAGAGAUAUUUCGACCUCACAGAUCGUCAGCCAAGCGUGUCCUCGAAGCCGUCCGCAACACGCCUGCCGCUGUCCCACGUCCGAGGAACACUCUCACUCCAAGGAGUGUCCUUCCGCUACCCUGACCAGGACGAAUGGGCCCUCCAAGAUGUCACUUUCGACGUACAACCAGGCGAAGUCGUAGCGCUGGUGGGAGCAAGUGGUGCAGGGAAGUCUUCGGUGCUCCGCCUUUGUGCACGUCUUGCAGAUCCUCAGGAUGGAUCUAUUCGUCUGGAUGGCCAUGAACUGCGAGAUCUUGAUCUUCAGGAUUUCCGCCGCUGCAUUGGCGUCGUGGACCAGGAACCUGCGCUCUUUGACCGCUCAGUGUGGGACAAUGUUGGCUAUGGAUGCACACUGAGUCAAAAGGGUUGUGUUCGAGAUGAGCUACUCGCUGAUGCGGUCGCGGCAGCGCAGGCCACAAAGUUCGUUGAGGCAUUGCCAGUGGAUGAGCCCCUCGGUGAGCGGGGUUCGCGCCUUUCAGGAGGCCAGCGGCAGAGGCUAGCCAUCGCAAGAGCAAUUGCCAGAGGUGCACCGGUGCUCCUGAUGGACGAGCCAACCUCGGCACUGGAUGGGGAAACCGAGGAAGCGGUCGCAUCAACUUUGUCAAGGUUGGCUGCACAAGGUCGCGCAGUCUUAGUCGCAGCGCACCGACUGAGAACUGUCGCAAGGGCACAUCGCAUUGUGAUGCUGGAAGACGGUCGUGUGGUGGAGGAGGGGCGCCGUGAAGAGCUCUUGGCGCAACCAAAUUCAAGGUAUCGGGCAACGGUGGAGCCCUCUAUGGAGGUUGAGUAG